AUGAUUUGCUGUCUUGAAUCUCCCUGCAACGAUGCUGAAUCAUCCUACUACGCCCAAGUGGCGACAGAUGAAAUAAAAAUGGUGGACAAAGACAGCCACAAAGAACAAAGGUUGUUGUAUCCUGGCAUGCGACGAACCCCCCAUGGACCACCACCGGAUCAUCCAAUCCUCAAUGAAAUGAUUGGCAACAACAAUCGUUUAAAUCAUAAUAUUCUUAACAAUGGUGCCCUCAACUACAACACCAACAAUGAUACUAAUGAAUUGAUGUCCGUGACGGUUCCUCCAGGAGUCUUGCCUGGACAAGAGAUCCAUGUUCGACGUCCCGAUGGAGCCAAUGGAUUGGUGGAAGUUGUGGUUCCUCCAGGAAUGAAGGAAGGUUCCGUCUUUUAUGUAAAGGCGCCGCCAGCAAUGGUUGAAGAACCAUCAUCAUCAUCCAAUCAUCAACAACAGCAGUCGCAACCACAAUCUCAACAGCAGCAGCAGCAGCAGCAGCAAUAUCAGCCACCAGUGACGACCACAAGUGAUGCGAAUGCUGCUUCCAACGCAAUGAUGGUCCCACAGUCCACUGCCACUGGUGCUCCAACUUCUCUUUCUAACCAGGGUGAUUUUGCCAAUUGCCUAGACAACAGCAAUACUGAGGACGAGAGCUCCAGUGCAAACAACAAUAAAUGA